AUGGUUUUGGAGGACGAAAGCAGCGACGACCAUUCUAGCCUCCCGUACAUGCAGUCUUCCUCCACAGACGUCUCAACGAGGUCAGUCCCUUUCAGCAUUGAAGAUCCAGAUUACAAGGGGCUUGAGCUGGAUGUGAUGUCCCCAUGUGAGAAGCACGGCAUGGCAUCUGAGAGGCUUGUUGCCUUUGAAGGAACAGACACAGGCAGGAGGUUUUUAGCAUGUGCACAGCCGGAAGGUAGCAAUUGUGGCUUUGUUGAAUGGGUUGAUCACCAGUGGCCCCCAACAAUGCAGAAUGCAUUGUUGAAGCUAUGGGCAAUGGUUGAAGAUGCCAAAAGUGCUAGGGUGAAUGACAAUCUUAAAAGUUCUUUCACUAUCCACCAUCUGACAGAAGAGAAGAACAAGCUGGAGGCCAACUAUGACAAGCUAGUCCAAGAUGUGCAUCAGCUUAUGAGCUUCCAGGGAUAG